CUGGGAGCAGCUGGGUGAGGACAGGAGCGUGCUAAGGGGACAACGGGCCCUGUGCUCUGUGACUGCGUGCUCCCAGCACAGCAAGGUGUGUUCAAGGACAUCUGUGCCUCCACAGCAUAAAUUCCUCGCAAAGCUCCAUCUGGGGCCUCUGCAAAAUGGCAGCAAGCCAUUUUUGUACAGCAUGAGGAGAAGAGCGAGCAAUCCGGUCAGUUGUUCUCAUCCCCUCGAACAAGAAACGCCGCUCAGGGAAAGAACGCAGCCUUAACCUUCCGCUUUGUCCUCCUCACCCUGGGAGGAUUUAGGAGCAGAACAGCGAGAGCGGCUGUAGAUGGGGGAGCCUGACUGCCAGGAGCGGCUCUCCAUGGAAGAAGCCUGACUGCCCCCAGGGCUGCUCGCAGCACCGGGAAGCCUCCCAGAGCACCGGGCUGCUGCUUGGGGCGAGGGGGAAGCGGGGCCGGAGCCCUGAGGAGGGGGCGAGGCGGAGGGCGGGGCUGCGUCAGGGGCGACCGUUACAGCACCGGGACGAGGCGGGGGGCAGAUCCGCGGUGAGGGAGGAGGAGGAGGAGAAGGAGGAGGAGGACGACUGGAGGGAUGUGACGCCAGGCAGCGCUCGGCAUUGUGGGAGCGCGCCGCCAGCCCGUCCAGCCGUUCCCGUUGGCCCCGCGGGCGGAGCGCAGGCAGCGGGAGCGGGGCCGCCGCCGCCGGGAGACAUCUUGCUGCCGCCGGGAGCCGCGCUAGUGCUGUUCCAGACCCAACACAGGCAAAAUGUCCAGCAGGGGAGGGAAGAAGAAGUCAACCAAGACUUCACGCUCUGCAAAAGCUGGGGUUAUAUUCCCUGUUGGAAGAAUGCUCCGUUAUAUUAAGAAAGGCCAUCCAAAGUACAGAAUUGGUGUCGGUGCUCCAGUGUACAUGGCUGCUGUACUGGAAUAUCUGACUGCGGAAAUUCUGGAGCUGGCUGGAAAUGCAGCAAGGGACAACAAGAAGGGUCGAGUCACUCCUAGACACAUCCUGUUGGCUGUAGCAAAUGAUGAGGAAUUAAAUCAGCUAUUGAAAGGGGUCACCAUAGCCAGUGGUGGAGUUUUGCCCAAUAUUCACCCAGAGCUGUUGGCAAAGAAGCGGGGCUCAAAAGGAAAACUGGAAGCCAUCAUCACUCCACCUCCAGCAAAGAAGGCAAAGUCUCCAUCACAGAAAAAAACUGUAUCAAAGAAAACAGGUGGAAAGAAAGGAGCAAGGAAAUCCAAGAAGCAGGGAGAAGUGAGCAAAUCAGCCACUGCUGACAGCACAACAGAGGGAACUCCUGCAGAUGGCUUCACAGUCCUGUCCACAAAAAGUCUGUUUCUUGGCCAGAAGUUGCAAGUUGUACAGGCUGACAUUGCCACGAUCGACAGUGAUGCUGUCGUUCACCCGACAAACUCUGACUUCUACACCGGUGGUGAAGUAGGAAGCACUUUGGAAAAGAAAGGUGGCAAGGAGUUUGUGGAAGCUGUCAUUGAGCUUCGGAAAAAGAACGGGCCCUUGGACAUAGCUGGAGCUGUUGUCAGUGCUGGCCAUGGAUUGCCUGCAAAAUUUGUGAUCCACUGUAACAGCCCAGGCUGGGGCUCAGACAAAUGUGAGGAGCUGCUGGAAAAGACGGUGAAGAACUGUUUGGCUCUGGCUGAUGAAAAGAAGCUGAAAUCAAUUGCAUUUCCUUCAAUUGGCAGUGGCAGAAACGGUUUUCCAAAGCAAACGGCUGCGCAGCUGAUCCUGAAAGCCAUCUCCAGCUACUUUGUGUCAACAAUGUCCUCUUCAAUCAAGACGGUGUACUUUGUGCUCUUUGACAGUGAGAGUAUAGGGAUAUACGUGCAGGAAAUGGCCAAACUAGAUGCCAACUGAGCAUAGAAAGCUGCAGUACCAGCCCCUUUCUACCCUUCCUCUUCUCCGAAACCUUAACUCAUUGUGAAGCAGAACAUCCCUUAUUUUAAAUUUUGCUCAUCUAGGGAAAUAAAGGUGGUUUUUUGGAUUUAUUUUAGUUUUGUUUUUUACUUUCUAAAAUGUUUUAUGUUGGCACUGAUAGUUGGCAUUACUGCUGUUAAUGCACUGUAUACCAGGCAUUGUCUGAACUUAGUGUAAUCUAGGAGAUUUUAUAGUUUUAUUUUAAUGAAGUAUGGAUUGAAGCAGGAAGCUGUUAGGAAAAUGUAGUCUUUUACUUGUGAAAGAAACAGGCCGACCCUAUUUUGUAACUGUGUUGUGGUGCUUUAUCAAUACAUCGAGUGGCGUUCCUUUCAUUUUUUAAAAGAACAGAUGCUAUAAACCUAAUUUGUGUUUGUUUAUUGUCUUAAUGAUAAAUCUGGAAGAAAAAGAUACAGAGACCCUCUUGUCCUUAAUUAUAUUUACAAUUUUGAAAUCGUGUGAAUUGAUUUAGUAAAAUGUUUGAACUGUU